UGUCUUCCCGCUGCAGCCGCCCGAAGAAAAAAAAGAGGAACCCAGCCAUGCCUUGGAAGAUUGGUGAGAAAGCUUGGUUUUCUCCUUCUUUUCUUGCUCUAGAACACUUCUAGAACCCAUAAAUCUCUCCCCCUCUGCUGGAAAAUCCGGAUCUGCUCUGUCCUUCCUCUCUUGUCCGCCAGCCCUUCCUGCUUUGUGGGGGCGAAUUGCUUGAUUUUUUGCCCAUGAGCUUUCUUCUGCACUACCGCCGGCUUCUCCCCCUGCCAAGUCCGGUUCUGCAACUGGAAAAUUUAUGGUAGUAAUUAGACCAUGAUUUAGCUUGAUUCAAGUGAAUUUAUGUGAUUGAGUGUUAAUUGAUUGCUGUGAUUUUUGGAGAAAAUCCCGUGAAUUAGCUAGUGUUUUGGCCAAUUUUUGGAAGUGCAGUUACUGUUCACGGGUACUGUUCACAUGGUACUGUUCACACACCGAGGGCCAACAAUUAACGGGGAUUUAAAUGAUUAGUUUGUGAUAUGAGAAUGAUUUUGGAGAUAUUUGAUCAUGUGGAGAUUUAUGGAAAUAGCAUUGUGAUUAGGAAUGAUGCUAAUGAUGAGUUUACCUUGAAUUUGUGAUAGUGGUAUUAAUUCGUGGAUAUUUUGAUUAGGUUCCCGAUUGUUCUGUCAGUUAGCAUUGAGAUUGAGUGCUCGGUUUUAUGCGAGUGAGGUAAGUAAAUUUAUGGUAAUUCCCGUACUGUUUUAAAAGCAUGUUUUGAUUUGUUUUUGAAAUGGUGGCAGGACUAAACCUGUUUUAUACAAGUAUGACUGAUUUGAAGUGAAAUGUUUUGUGCUUUUCAUGAAAUUGAGCAUGCCUACUUGAAAUUUGAGUGACUGUCCUGAUGAUCUGAAAGUGAUUGUGAAUCAUGAUUUUCCUGUUAACUUCUGCCUGUUUUGUCUCUGAUGUGGUCAUGUUAUUCGUGACCCUGCUAGUGGGGGAGGUUAUAAACGCUAGCACAUGUCAACAUGUUAGUGAAAGAGCCGGUUCGUUCAACCCAGCUAGUGGGGGUUAUACACCAACAAAUCGUGGUCCUGCUAGUGGGGAUUAUACACUGGCCGUGACCUAUAGAGGAGACGUCUAUUUCGUUCCCGUACUGUAUCCGUUUUGCGUGAUUGCACAUGUUGGCAUGCUAUAAGUUUGAUAAGGGGCACUCCAUAUUUUACUUACUGAGUUUAUCUCAUAGUUUUCCUUGUCCACCAUUUCAGGAAGUGAAACCGAGGACGGGGAAACCACGGGAAGUGACGAGUUAGAAGGCUAACCAUAUUGUAAUUGGAUAUAAAUUUUAGAUAUGAAUCAUGAUCUUGUAUUUGGAGAUUUUAUGAUAUUAGAGUAAAUUUUAAAGAUUUGAUCUUCAGAUUUUGGUGGUAUCAGAGUGUGUUAUGAUAAGUUCCGAGCCUUGUGCACUUGUGGGACCCGUCUCACGAGUGUACGGCGUCUGUCGCGUCCUCGGAUUUGGGUUCUGGAGUGUGACAUCUGGUUUGCCAAGUUUAGCACCACCAUCAGUGAAUUUGGUUUUACUUCUAGUCUUCAUGAUACUUCAUUGUUCAUACGCAAUACUAAUUAUGGUAUGGUUCUACUACUUUUUUAUGUUGAUGAUAUGAUCAUUACUAGGGAUGAUAUUUCAAGUAUGCAUGUUCUUAAGCAAUUCUCAGUCAUAAGUUUAAGAUGAAAGAUCUCAAUGCUUUGAGUUAUUUCUUGGGACUUGAGGUCACUUCUUCUGAUGAUGGUUAUCUUUUCUUCCAAACAAAAUAUGCUUCUAAUCUUAUAUCUAAAGCUGGACUCAUUGAUAGUAAGACUGCAUCUACUCCUCUUGAGCCAAAUGUUCGACUUACACCCAUGGAUGGCUCUCCAUUAGUUGAUCUUAUUCACUACAAAUAGUUAGUUGGAAGUUUGAUUUAUCUCACUACAACAUGACCAGACAUAACUUAUGCAGUUCAUGUUGUUAGUCAAUUUAUGCCUACACCUCACUUCACUCACCAUGCAGUAAUACUUCGCAUUAUUCGCUAUAUUAAAGGUACCAUUUUUCA